GGCAAAGAUGAAAUUAGAAAAACUCUCAAACUAUAAACCCCCACUAUUCCUACUUCUCUUCCGCACCACGUAUCAUCUUCCCUCCAAACACCUGCCCCCACCCCAUCAACCGCCCACAGUCCCGGGUCCCCAGACCAGCCAACAAGGCAGACUCCGCACCCAGAGAAUCCGUGCCGCUGAUGCCAUUCAGGAAACGAAAAUCAUGAAUCAAAGGUCCGGUCUGGAGGCGGUUGUUGGUACCACAACGGGCCGCCAUGGUCCGGCUCAUCAUAAAAUGUGAGACUCUCUCCCAGUCCCGAAGUGGGCGCACCCAGCUCUGGAGACGGCCAACGCGUUAGGAUGUCUGAUGAAAGGAAGUCCGCCAAAUAAGAGCCUCCAAGAGGAUUAGAGUCCGGCAGCGACUGAAACUCCGAUUGUGAAACAGCACCCAGCUCCGGCGAUGGCCAACGCGUCAUGGUCCAUUUCAAAAGGUCCUCUUCGGAAUGAGUCGCGUAUAAGGUGAAGUCGUCAGACUCACGCAGAAACCGCGUUGGCUGCGGUGAGUGCGCAUACGGACUGAGCAUUCGGGUUAUUUCCAUGUUGCCUAACGCUAUCGCUAUCGACAGGGGUGUUCGGGAUUUAUCAUCAAUACGAGAGCGAUCGAUCAGAUGGUGUUUCAAUAGGAUGCGCACGGUCAUUGCAUGGCCCUCGCUGACGGCCAUAUGCAGGGGUGUCUCCUCCGAGGGCCCACUGAGAUUGACGUCGAUUGUCGUGUGUCCCAGGAGGAUCUCAACAAGUUGGGAUGCACCGUUCCUACACGCGAUGUGUAGUGCUGUUUCAUGCGCUGUGUUAAAUUGGUUGAUGUGCACUCGGGGCUCUUGGACCAGGUAGGUGAGCAUUGUCCUGCGGUUUAGCUUCACGGCUUGGUGUAACGGGGCAUUUCCCUCGCGGUUUGGCUGAUUCACGUUGAUUCUGUAGUCUGCUAGGAGGUCGCGGAAGAUUUGCGUCUCUUUCCGGAGGAUCGCAAGCGAUAAGGCACUCAACCCUGAGAGUGGUUCUCUUAAGUUUGGGUCGACGCCAUGGGAUAGUAGCAUCCGCACUAUCUUCCGGCAUCCGCUGCGGAUUGCAAUAUGUAUGUGCGGCCGUGGCCUGCGCCCGCCGGUCGGGGUAAGAUCAAUUCUCACGUCGCUCAAGAGAAGCCGUGUUGUCUCAUCGUCUCCCCCACGGAUCGCAUGGUGUAGUGGUGUCAGGCCCUGGAUGUUGGGCGCGUUAAUUUUCACCCCCGGAUUAUUCAGUAGAAAGGCUACCACCGCCGGUGCCCUGGACAAACAAGCCACGUGUAGUGGUGCGUUAUACUCAAAGUCGCGAACAUUGAUGUCGGCCCCUCCCUCCUCCAAGAGAAUCCUUGAUAAACGGGGGUCCCGAAGGCCGGCCGCUGUGUGCAAUGCUGUUCGUUGGGCGGGGCCUGAUUCGUUAACUUUGACUCGAGAAUCGUUGAGAAGAACACGAACAAUGGGUUCGCUUUGAGAUUUGACAGCCAGGGCCAAGAGGGGAGUAUGGCGAGGAUCCGAACCGACGUUGGCUUCCCGGUCGAGCAGGAGUCGGACCACACCUUCCUGCCCAUGGCUCACCGCCUUUUGUAAAGGCGUGUACCCUUUGGCGUCUUCCCAAUUGACGUCCACCCUGCCAUCAUCGAGCAAUACACGAACGUUCUCCGCCUUCCCAUAUGUAGCUGCGGAAAAUAAUGCUGUCUGGCCCAGGAGGUUCUGAGCCGCCGGAUCUAUCCCGCACUCCAAUAAAGUGAUGAUAGCAUCUGCGCUCUCCGUUUUUACCGCGCUGUGCAGAAGUGCUCCAUUUCCGACAAAAUCGAGAAUUCCUCGGCUCAGGAGAUAUUGGACUCUGGCAUUGUCCCUGUAUUUCGCCGCUGAAUACAAUGCCUUUUCCCCGUAUCCGCUGAGACGACCACGGAAAACAGUGUCAAGGAGGGCGGGCGCGAGAAGGGUUGCUAGAAAUCGGCUCACCCUGAGAAGAGAGUUCAAUUCGCGCGGAGUCUGCUCCCUGGAUAUAAGGAGGAUAAUUUCGUUGGGUAAAUCUAGAAAAGACAUCGUAGGGAGUUCGCGAGCUAGAUUGAGUUGGCGAUGGUUGGGGUGGGCAGUUGGGCGAUGGCUGGUCAGCCAGCAAACUGGAAGCUUUGGCUUUAAAGCGAGGAUCCUCAGCGGGGAAGCUCCAACUAAAGGGAAUGACAACCUAUUACCGUAUACGGCGUGUGAGCUGCUCUUUCCGGGGCCCGCGCCUCAGGUGCGAGUGCACUCGGCCGGGUCAAGCAACCAGUUCUGAUGCACACGAAAGCCUGGGGAUCCCAUACCAACAAGCCUCAACGGGUGUUGAUGAAGAUAAUACGGUGCCGCAUAAUUAUCCUCCUUCCACCGUCUCGGGCAACUAGCUGUUUUCCGGAUCUACCGUACUUUAGAGCCCGUUCUGAAUUGAGGGAAUCCGCGGAAUAAUGGUACCUCGAAAACCCUUACUUUCCGUGUGACCUGGCCUCUGUCCCACAACUCAACAGAGGGGACCUGCUCUAAACGGCGUCAUAUUAUACCGGUAGAUAAAACGCAUGAGACCGAAGAGUGGGCCCCCUCCCCGAUCCGAGAGAAUUGGAGUGCUACAUUACUUGUAUCAUAAAUGCGCAUUCCGUCAAUCUUAGCCCCUCUCAAUAUGCAAUUGGGGAAAGGUUAAUAUCCCGGGCGGCUGGCCGUUUUCCGCCUAAAAUACGGGUUAAUUUUUAUCACAUGGUUACAGCGGGCCGCGUGCACUUGGAAUGCAGGCAUCUCAGCAAUGGUGAUAAGGUUUAUAGAUGGUAACUUACGGUAGCCGUAGAUGAGAUUGAGCAACUCGAGUAAUUCAUAGAGCUGAGUGAAGGAUAGCUUCAUAAUUGUAGGCGUGGUAUUCAAUAGAACCUGAGCUAGAUACUAUCCACGA